CAGAUCUCACAUUAAACCAUUUCAAAAUGAAGUUGUUCUCCAUCAAAGGAGUUUUAUUACUCUUCUUUAUUUCUCAGUGUUUGGUUUCUCGUGUAGCCGUGUGUGAGGAGGAUGAGCUGGAUGAGGAGGAGGAGGAGGGAGCAGUGGAGGAGGAGGGCGGUGAGCUACCUGUAGAGGAGGAAGAGGCCUCUGACAAAACUACGUCACCUGAUGCUGACACGAUUAUUUUGUUCACCAAACCUCCGGGAACUACUAACUUAGAGUUGCCCGCCGGUCAGAUUACGGAAUUCCUGGUCGGGUUCACUAACAAGGGAGAUCAGGAAAUGGUCCUGGACCACGUCGAAGCAUCCCUCAGAUACCCCAUGGACUUCACCUACCACAUCCAGAACUUCUCCGCCAUUGCCUAUAACAAGGUCGUCAAAUCUAAGCAGGAGGCGACUGUCGCUUACUCCUUCAUUCCUGCCGACGCAUUCGCCGGUCGCCCCAUCGGUCUUGUGAUCAACCUGCAGUACAGAGACAGCUUCGGAAACAUGUUCAUUGAUCCCGUGUUCAAUGAGACUGUACAGAUUGUUGAGUUUGAUGAAGGGUUUGACACUGAGACCUUUUUCAUGUAUAUCACCCUGGGAGGAACUGUUGUUCUUCUGCUUUUUCUCGGCUACAACUAUAUUGCAG